AUGGAGCGACCCUCUUCAAGUCAACAAGUUGUCCUUCCUAAAGAAUCAAAUGUGACUGCAAGAGAAGCUUUUGACAUCCUUCCUUCGACCCACGGAAGCAAACAACCACCCGUUCAACAACAACAGGAUAGUUCCAUAACCAAGAAGGAAGGCCAAGAGAUUAUUCACGAGUAUGACCAACAUUUGGAAAUUCAUCACCAACCUCCACCACUGCUUCAAAAUGUGAUUGCUGAAAAAACUCUUCAAUUUACCACACUUCCAUCUUCAACCACAUCUCCCACAUCAUCUCACUUACAAUGUAAUUCAGAACAACAUCAAAAGCACAUCAUUCAUCACCAUUAUCAUCAUUUUGAAAUGGCUUCAAAUUUACCUUCAGGUUUAGUUUCUUCAAAGAAUCUGGUGGAUGGUGCAUCUCGAGUUCCACAACAACACCAUGCCACCAUUCCCAUUCCUUCGUCAAUGCCAUCACAGCCUCCAAUUGCAACCCAUUCUUCCUAUAACCCUUCUCUAGUUCUAUUUCAUACCCCUUUCCAAGUGAUGGAAAAGAUGAAAACAGAGGGUGUUCGAAAGUCAAAGCUUACAGUCGAUCAAAUGAUUGUUCUUUCAUUGUUUGCAGGUAUCUUUAAAGGAGUGUCAUGUACCUUGUCUUUGUUUACUGCUGGAAACUCUCGAAAGCUGGAAGAGGAAUUUCCGGGUUUACAAAAAUUCUUCUUUGGGGCAGUAUUUCCCAUUGGAUUGAUUUUAAUUUCAGCAACAGGUGCGGAACUUUUCACUGCCAACGUUCUUGUGGUUUUGGUUGGUUUAUUUUCUCGAAAAUGGAGAGCUAAAAAGUUUAUCAUACAGUUUGCUCAAUUCCUAAAGAAUUUAGUCCUGAGUUAUGUAUUUAACAUGUUAGGCGCAUUUGUGAUGGCUUAUUUCUUUGUUUAUCUCAUUCAACCAUGUUGUAAUGCUCAUUGGAUUGAAUAUGUUAAACAUUUAGCAGAGACUAAAAGUUCAAAAUCUUUUGGAGCUUGUUUAGCUUCGGGGAUUAUUUGCAACAUGUUAGUCACAAUGGCCACCUACAAUUCACAUGCUGCAACAACUUUGGAAGGAAAGAUUCUUGGCAUUUGGUUUCCCAUCAUGACGUUUGUGUCUAUUGGCCUUGAGCAUUGUAUUGCCAACGCUUAUUUCAUCCCUUUAGGCAUGUUGUAUGGAGCAAAUGUUUCUCAUUAUGAUUUUUUCAUUGGUAACCUUCUCCCUGCUACCAUUGGCAAUAUCAUUGGAGGAGCCUUUGUGAUUGGAUGUUUACUUUACUUUGUGUAUGAUUAUCGAAAUAGACAUAACCGAGUGCUCUUCAACUUCUUGGAGCUUACUUGGAGCAAAAUUAAGGAAAAAUACAAACAAUCGAGAAAUUCAAAUCAACCUGAGAGGGUAUCCACCAACGAACGCAAAGAAUCCACAGAUUCAGUUUUGAGUGAUUUAGAAAUGGGUUACAGAUAG